GGAGCGCGCGGGAAAGAGACCAAUAUAAACUGUGGCGGGAGAUUCGUUUUCGGGUCCUUGUCCAGUUAAACACCCUCGGUUGGGAAGCCAUUGAUUGCUCCCCUCUCCUCGCGUUUGAAUAUGGUGCGGACUAAAGCGGACAGUGUCCCAGGCACCUACAGAAAAGUGGUGGCUUCUCGAGCCCCCAGGAAGGUGCUUGGUUCUUCCACUUCUGCCAGUAAUUCCGCAUCACUUUCGUCGAGGAAAGUUGAAAAUAAGUAUGCCGGAGGGAAUCCAGUAUGUGUGCGCCCAACUCCCAAGUGGCAAAAAGGAAUCGGAGAAUUCUUUGGGCUGUCCCCUAAAGAUUCUGACAAAGAGAAUCGAAUUCCUGAAGAGGCAGGAAGCAGUGGCUUAGGAAAAGCAAAAAGAAAAGCACGUCCUUUGCCACCUGAUCACACAGAUGAUGAAAAAGAAUAGAACUCUCUUAAUUCAUCCUUGACUAAUGUCUCCUGUUUA